AAAAUGAAACAAUUAAAUGUUUCUUUUGGUAGAUGACAACUCAAUAAGUUUGGAUUUUACUAAUAGUAAUAUUAAUUUCUCUUUCACAGGAAACUACACUGGGCCAGAAAGAUUGUCACUCAUUCUAUUAUCGCAUUGACAAAAAACUAAAGGAACACUCAGUUACCUGCACUAAACGGGGCACAGUGCUGGAGGCACUUCAAACAGAUCAACCUUUCAGAACCUUUUUGGAGAGAAACAGGGAAAAAGGAAAAAGCAUUAUCAUUGAAAGAGACAACAGAUUUCUAGCCACACACUUUCCUUGUUGGUUAUUUAAAGACGAAGAAACUGUCCUCAUUAAAAGUUUCCCUGGUGAAGCAGCUGAGGUUUCCCAUGGUUAUGAAAUAAAAGACGGUGAUAUCAUCACAUUUUACAUUAACAGUAUUGGUGGAUUGAACAUGAGGAAAAUGUCUUUUUUGAGGAACCCCAAACUUCAAAAGAGGAAGGCCCUUUGCAUAUAUGCAUAUAUUGGGGAGACAGUAGAGGAUGCAUUGAAAAGAGAUGGCCGAUUUAUAGAUGAAGUGUUUCAGGGAUCGAUCUAUCUACGCAAAGAAGGAGAAGAAAAAGAAUAUGAUUUAAGCACAGUCAUUUCUCGAGUAUUUAAGGAAAGGAGUUUAGAGCUGCAAAAGACAGGUCAGAGACAAGCAGAAAACAAAACAGCAAAUGAUAAAACGAAUCCUGAUUCUGGCAGAAAAUCUGAUCCUAGUUCUAAUGCUGGCAAUCCAUCCACAAGCUCUGCUCCUGGUGGAUCCAAACCCAGUUCAGACAAAGCAAUGGCAGAUAAGGGGCCUAAUUUAUAUAAGAAAGUACAUGAGAUACCAGACUCUACAGAAAUCCUGAAGAUUCUACGUGAGCAGUUUCAAGGUCUAGUGGAGCAGAUGAAGGAAAGACACAAGAAAACAAAAGUAAAAGAUGUGGUAGAGUUACUAAGGGAGGAGUUUGGAAAGAACAUACAGAGCUUCUCUAAAGUAGGCACUGUCAAGAAGCUGAUGAAUAUGAGUGCUUCAGUAUGUUACAUUGAGGUUGAGAACGAAAUAUCAGGUACAGGCUUCUUGCUGUUUGAUCGUUAUAUCCUAACAAAUGCACAUAUCAUUAAAGCAUUUACUCACAAUAGAGUUUUAAAGCGAAAGGUUACUGCCACAUUUGCCUAUGAAAGCUCCUCAUCAAAAAACAACAAUGAAUGGCCCAUUAAAAAAGAGGUUGUUGCUGGAAUGUAUUCAUAUGAUGAAUUUAAACACUGGAUGGAUUUUGCUUUACUGGAGCUGGACCAGCAGGAAAAAGAUGAUGAGAUGCUACCUCCUGCUCUUUUAAGUGCAUAUGAACCCCUCCCAGAGGAGGGAGGGAUCUGCCUCAUUGGUCACCCUGAGGGGGAGGAAAAAAAGAUGGACCCAACUUUCAUUGUUCCAAGUAAAGAAAGAUCUAAUGCUCUAGAUGCACAUUUUGGUGCGGGGGGGAGUCACCUUCAGUAUAACCCCCAGUCGCAGGACUUUACAUAUCAGACCUGUUUCUAUCAUGGGUCCUCAGGCUCCCCCAUCCUUGGGACAACCUGCCAACUGGUAGCCAUGCACACUGGUAGCUACUGUUGGAAGAAAAUUAAUGGAAAAAAGUGCUAUGUGCUUGAGUUUGGCAUUUCCAUGAGUUCAAUAUUAGUUAAUUUGCUCCUACAAAUGAUGAAAAACAGACAAAUUGAACUUCUAUCAAAGUUAAUUGCUGAAACAAUGAAGAGCGAAUCUACAAUUCAGGUUGUCGCAGAAUUUAUCUGCCACAUGCUAAAGGGGUGGAAAGAAGAUCUUGAAAGUGUUUUAUUAACAGUCAUCACUACUGCAAAGGAGUGUGAUGGAUCCUCCGAGCUGCGAACCUCACUUUGUAAAAUCAUUCCAAGAGAUGAUCUCAAGACACUGAUCAACAGUCACAGAUCUUCAAAGAGUCUACAUGAACUCUCUGAAUUUCUCAAGGAGAAAGAGACACCCAUGGAAACUGACCAGCAGACUGCAGGGAACUAGAUCACCUUCAAAAAAACAGGCAGAAAAUGAGCAAACUCCUGCUAAUUUUCAGAAUGACUUGCAUUUAUAUUUGUGCAAGUGCAAAUUGAUAAUAAGGCAACAUAACCAUGUAUUUAACUGAAAUGAUAGGAGAAUAAAAUGGAAGAAUCUCAAACUGUUUAGAAUAAUGAAACAAAGAUUGAUUCACUGUAUUUUACCAUGACAUAAUAAUUGUAUUUAUAUAUUGUAAUUUUCUUUUUUACUCCUACUUCUUACCUUUUUUUCUUCUAUUUUUACACAGCCAAAUAAGGGCGACUCAGAGAUACAUUUCACUGCAUGUUGUACUGUAUGUGAUGAAUAAAUCUCUUGAAUCUUUUGGGCGGGGUUCACUCACAUUUGCAUUUAUCUAAUGUCUUGAUAUUCGUUUCUAUGUAUUAUAAAAACAUGUUGUCAAAGUUGGUAUAAGCACAAUAAAGUAAUUAAUACUGUA